AUGUCGGAUGCCGAUUGGGAUGCCGAUGAUUUUGAGCCCGAGUUGAACCUAAAAGGAAAAUCCACUGAUAAGUGGGCAGGAGAAGAUGAAGAAGAAGUGAAGGAUAAUUGGGACGAUGAAGAGGAUGAAACCGAAGAUCAGAAAUCGUCUAAACCAGAACAUCAAGUUCUAACCACAGUAGCUCCGCCAAAGAAAAAAAAAUCGUUGAAAGAGAAGCUGGCUGAGAAGGAAGAGCAGAAGCGAAAGGAAGCUGAAGACAAAUUAGAGAAGAAAAAAUUGGAAGUUGAAGAGAGGAAGCAGUUAACACCAAAAGAAUUGAUGGAGGAAAAAAUGAAGAGGCAGAAAAUUCAAGAGGAGGCCGACUUGGCUCUGGCCAUCGAAGCUUUCGGUCUCGACAAAGAUGACGAACAGAAGAAUAAGAAAACAGGAGAGAUCGAGUCCUUCGAACCGAACACGAAAGAAGAUUUCGAUCAAUUGAAGAUGUUAUUGAAGAAUAAAUUAAUAAAAUACGAAAAAUCUCCUCUGUAUGUUUCAUUUCUGGAAAGCUUAUUCAGAGAUCUAGUUCUCGGAGUUGAGGCAGACAAUGUUAGGAAACUAUCGACAACGCUCACAGCCUUAUAUAAUGAAAAGUUAAAAAUUUCAAAAACGAAACCCAAGAAGAAGAACCUGAAGAAGGCCAGCCUAGUCAUGGAGGCCAACACACUGGAGAAUUAUGACGACGACGCAGCCUACGAUUACGACGACCUCAUAUAA